AAAAAAAAAAACAGAAGGUUGAGUAAAGAUGGAAUGAGGAACGCAACGCAAGCAGUUGCAAUGACGGAGAAGUUUUUGGAGAAUAAGGGAAGAUUCUUUCAUACUUUUCCGUAUUCACAUGUAAAUCCAAAUCUUACCUUUAUACACCAGUAGCUCUCUUCUGACUCGGCCGUCGCCAUUGAUCUUAUAGCUUAGCUUUCCUUUCACAAACCCAACUGUUUCUUCUUCUUCUUCCUAUUUCUCAAACUCUAAAUAUCUUUCCUGACCCGCUACUUUUCUUUUCUUUUUUCCCUUUCCUGAUCGAGGGUAUUUUUCCUAUCAGCCAAUCGUUUAAUUUCGCUAAUUUUUGAUUCGGAUCCCACUUAAAGUUUGAAAGUCAAUUGCAAACUUUAUACAAUAGGUAGAAAAAACAACCGUAGCGCUUUACUAAUCCAUAAAAUUUAUCCGAAAUCUUUUGUUGAUGCCUUGAUUUAGGUAUCUAUCUUUUUUUUUUUUUUUUCUCGAAUCGGUAUCGUGCUUGAGGGACGAAGAUGCCUCAGGAAUCCCAGUCCGAGCAAGACCCUGACGAUUCCGAUGCUGAGUUCGUGGAGGUUGACCCUACUGGUCGAUAUGGUCGGUACAAAGAGAUUCUAGGGAGAGGGGCUUUCAAAAAAGUAUACAGAGCAUUUGAUGAAUUGGAAGGAAUAGAAGUAGCUUGGAAUCAGGUUAAGGUAGCGGAUCUUUUGCGUAAUGCUGUUGAUUUGGAGCGUCUGUACUCUGAAGUUCAUUUGCUUAAGACUCUGAAGCACAAAAACAUAAUCAAAUUUUAUAAUUCCUGGGUCGACACCAAAAAUGAAAAUAUCAACUUCAUCACUGAGAUUUUCACUUCUGGGACAUUGCGGCAGUACCGAAAGAAACAUAAGCACGUUGAUUUGAGAGCACUGAAAAAAUGGUCCAGGCAGAUUUUGGAAGGCCUUUCAUAUCUUCACAGUCAUGACCCCCCAGUCAUCCAUAGAGAUUUAAAGUGUGACAACAUCUUUGUUAAUGGAAACCAAGGUGAGGUGAAAAUUGGUGACUUGGGUUUGGCUGCCAUUCUUCAGCAGGCACGUUCAGCUCAUAGUGUCAUUGGUACACCGGAGUUUAUGGCACCAGAGCUUUAUGAGGAGGAAUACAAUGAGCUUGUGGACAUUUAUGCCUUUGGCAUGUGCUUGCUGGAGUUGGUGACUUUUGAUUACCCUUAUGUUGAAUGUGCGAAUGCUGCUCAAAUAUACAAGAAAGUGACAUCAGGAAUAAAGCCUGCAUCAUUAGCAAAGGUGACUGAUCAUUCUGUGAAAGCAUUUAUAGAAAAAUGCAUUGCGAAUGUCACCUACCGAUUGCCUGCAAAGGAACUGUUGAUGGAUCCUUUUCUCCGAUCUGAUGAGGAACGUUCUUUACAAUUCAAUUUGCACCAUUCAGAUACAGGUGAUAGUUCUGAUUCAGCUGAGCGAAGUAAGGACUUCACAGUACAAGGACAGAGGAAAAAUGUUAACACAAUAUUUCUGAAACUAAGCAUGGCUGAUUCCACAGGUAAAAUCCGUAAUAUCCACUUCCCCUUUGAUAUUGAGGUAGAUACAGCGAUAGCAGUUGCUAGUGAAAUGGUGGAGGAGUUGGAUCUGACUGAUCAAGAUGUUUCAACAAUUGCUGCAAUGAUUGACUCAGAAAUUCAGUCACAUAUUCCAAAUUGGGGAACCUCUAAAUUUUCUGCAGAUAAUAUUUCUGAAGAAGUUGCAGAAUCUCCUUCCGAAAGCAGGGAUUAUCCAACCAUAAACAAUGAAUCAACUCCUUCUCCUAGUAGUCUUGCAUUUGAGAGAUUGAAGACUCCUUCUAGUAGUCUUGCAUUAGAGAGAUUGAAGACUUCUUCCAGCAGUCUUGCAUUAGAGAGAUUGCCUUCAGGUAGGAAGUAUUGGUCUGACUCACCCAGGGUAGUUGGUGGAAGCUCUCCAAGUAGGCUUGGCCACUCGAACUCGCCUUUCCACCAAACUUCUCUCAAUAAUCACCAUGAUGCUGACAGUCAAAAUGCUGCUAGUUCAGUUGUCCCGUUGGAAUCUGAGAUUGGGACUAAUGUGGAAUCUAGUGAUAUCAACAGUGUCCCUCUGAAUGUGAAGGUACUUGCCGAAAAACUUGAAGAACUGUUGGUAAAGCAGCAAAAGGAACUUGAUGACUUGAAAAGUCAGCAUGAAGUAGCCAUAUCAGACCUUCUAAAUGAAGUUCCUCCAGAAAUUAGUCAGCAGGCUUUAAACUUGUGUAAGCUAAAGAUGGCUGAUUACAAAGUGCUAUGAAAUGGUGAUAAGCAAUGCAGAGUCACAAAUGAGAAAUGAGGAGGGCGGUCGGGUUUUAAAAACCAAAAAGCAUGCAAUUUGCACAUCUCCAAUUUGAGGCUAGAUGGUAACUAGUUUAAGUUGCUACUCUACCCAAAAGAUUUUAGAAAGUUAAAGCAUGCUAACAUCUAACAUCUCAUAAGUGCUUAAAGAUCUCUAUAGCAAAAGGUCAUGGUAUGGGACAAUUUUUGAGAGCAGACAGUGUGGCUAUGAGUUCCAUAGAGGAGAUCGUCAUGCAAGACAUUUAGCUUGAGAUUAUGCAGCUUAGGUAUGCGUGAUCAAUAAGUAGUGUUUGUGUAAUGCUUGAUUUUUUGCAUAGAAGUUGAUCACGACAUCCACACGAAGUUCUAUGACAUUUUAAGGUUUGCAGUUUGAUACAUAUGAUCAAAAUUUUGUGGAGUGUAUAGGUGUACAUAGGUUUUAUGAAACUUUUUGGUUUAAAUUACGGUUACAGACUUUGUUGCAUUGUUUCUAUUUAAUUUUUUUUUCUUUGAGAAGCUCCAA